UUCCUUUAUAACGGUAUUUUCUUUAUUCCGUCUGUUUUCGGUUAACAAUAGUGUGUUUUUUCCCUCCCCUUCUUCAGUGUUGCGCCUCUCCUCGGUCCAUUACGGUAGUGGUACUGAUGCGGGAUGAGUCAGGCUAUAUGAUGCUGCUGCUGCCAUUUCAUCAGCAGCGAACCCCGCACAAACACACAGCAAACACAGCGAUGAUUCCGCGGGAUUACCCCCCUGACAGCGACCAUCCUGCACCCGCAAACUGACGCUUCUCCUCGGCGUGGAAUCAGAGAACAAGGCGGCGUGUUUUUUGUUCGAGGCUCCGGGUGAAGCUCCACGCAAGGAUCCGUGUUUUUUUUCUCUCCUCCUGCUCUGGAUGCGUUUUUCAGGGCCUGACUUCAGGGGCCUGCUGUUGUUAAACCAGCCUCUCUGUUAAAAAAACAACACAAACAUCCACCCACCCUCCUCCACCUGCGGGAUUUCGGUCGUUGCGCUGCGUCCUGAGGGUUUGAUCCAAGCAGACUUUCGGUGCCAUGGAGCCCACAUCAGCCUGGUGCUGAACGGCGUAAGAGGGAGCAACCAUUGUGGCCUAAACCCCACUCCUGCUUCGGACAGACAGCCCGGUUAGGAGAGCGACAGACAGGUGAGCAGGAGAGCGACAGACAGGUGAGCAGCCAAAGUCAUGGAGGCGAUAUGGCUCUAUCAGUUCCGGCUGAUUGUCAUCGGGGACUCCACGGUGGGCAAGUCGUGUCUGAUCCGGCGGUUCACGGAGGGCCGCUUCGCCCAGGUGUCGGACCCGACCGUCGGCGUGGACUUCUUCUCCCGGCUGGUGGAGAUCGAACCGGGGAAGCGGAUCAAGCUGCAGAUCUGGGACACCGCGGGUCAGGAGCGCUUCAGGUCCAUCACCAGGGCUUACUACCGUAACUCCGUGGGCGGGCUCCUCCUGUUCGACAUCACCAACCGCCGCUCCUUCCAGAACGUCCACGACUGGCUCGAGGAGGCUCGCAGCCACGUCCAACCACAUAGCAUCGUCUUCCUAUUGGUGGGCCACAAAUGUGACCUGGAGGCACAGCGCCAGGUGACUCGUCAGGAAGCAGAGAAGCUGGCGGGGGCGUACGGGAUGCGCUACGUCGAGACGUCAGCCCGCGACGCCAUCAACGUGGAACACGCCUUCACAGAGCUGACCAGAGACAUCUUCGCCCUGGUGCGGUCCGGCGAUAUCACAAUCCAGGAGGGCUGGGAGGGCGUGAAGAGCGGAUUUGUCCCCAACGUGGUCCACUCCUCGGAGGAAGUGACCAAGAGCGACCGCCGCUGUCUAUGUUGAUCUGGGAAGAGUUUUAGGACUGAAGGUUGGAUACACAAUGAAAAGGCUGGUAGAUGGUGGAGAAGGACACCUUGAAUGUGGGUGGAUAGCUGAAGGGUUGUGCCCAUUUCUGUACACCUUUGAUUUCCCGGAGAGGAAGGAUACUCAUUUACUUGCGAGGGCUCCCAUGAUUCAAUUCCUUCAAUUUUGUUUUGGGCUUCUUGCCUGAACGUCUUAGAAAGGCCUUAGAAAGUGGAUCCAUUUUGGCUCGUCACCAAAAUCCGAUGACACUCUUGUGACUUGUUUAAUCUUUCUUUCUCCCCAUCAUCUCUUCUUUCACCCUCUCCUCCCACGACGUCUUAAUCUCCUCCUCCAAUAUGCAAUUACAUGAUCACAUAAGACACUUUUACGUUGAUGUCCAACCAUCCCUCUAGCACAUAUCAUUAAAAAAAAAAGUUUAGUCAGCACCGUUAGAUUUAAAUGCCAUCUUUAACAAGAGUUGUUUUUUCUUGUGCUGACAUUUUGCUCCACAUUCCACUAUCAGAGCUCAAUGGAGGAGUCCUGGAGGCCCUUAAAUAAAACGAAGGAUUUCCUUCCCGGAGCUGUGAUUUUAUUGCCAGAGACUACACCAUUUCUCUUAGGCCUCCAGUGAGCUCAAUGACAUUGACUACAUGGUUAUAUCCACUAUCAUUCUGCUAAAUACCGCACUAUAACAAAAAAAAAAUCAACACCCAUCCAGGUCCUGGACUCCAGCAGGAAGAGACAAGUGUACAGCUAACUGACCGAGGUGGACUUGUUGGACUAGCUUGACCACGCCUAAUCGUCCGCCUUUAACUGUUGACAUGUUAAGGUGGACCAAAAGGGAAUGUUGGAUCCGGAAAGCACCUUAAUAGCCAAGUCCACCUUAACUGUGGAGCCUCAUUUGUGACUUUUGAAGGGUGCUAAUACGAGCUGGAGAUAUUUUGAAAGCGAACACAGAGGGAUCAGACCGCAGACGCCACGAAGGAACCACCAUCCACAAUGCACGCAUACCCGACGAUGUAAUCACGCAAACAAAGUCCAACUGGUAGGCAUUAAAUCAAGCCGACAAAGAUUCGGGCACGGGGGUGGGAACAACAAGGUGAUAUUUUGUUGUGGGCAAGUGGUUUAUAUGCAUUUUCUUUUAUGUGUGCGUGCAAGUGUAACAUCUCAUCAAACUGCAUUAGUUCACACGUAGAAACUUAAUGUCUUGGAAGGAGGUUUUCGAUCUACCCUGAGGUCUUGGAGAGACUUAACUCGCCGGUUUAUUUGGUACACCUAAUAAAAACUAAACUAAUACAACAGUCCUGCAACAAAUCAUCCCUUUGUGAAGGUUAUAAUGUUCAUUUUUUGUGUUUUAGGGAAGUGUUGAUAGUGCAGAUAUCUUAUUAACUUUGAUCUAGCAAAGCAGUUUAGAGUUUAUAUGUUUGGCAUUUAUUCAGUUUGGGGAAACUCCAUCGUUGCUAAGGCUCGGACUACUUGCCAGAGUAGUAAAUGAAUGUGAUGUAAACAAAAGAAAAUGUUUAUUUUGAAAGCAAAUUGCCCCAAAUUCUAAAAAUCUUUUGAUUAUAUGUUUUAUUUAAGUUGGUAAUUGUUGUAUAAUCGCAAUAUUACAUUUGAGGGUGUGCUUUACAGUCGUUACUGGCACUUCACUGACCCUUGCGCACAUUGGCACAAGCGCCGUGCCAAUAACGACCAUAAAGCACACCCUCUGAUGUAAUAUUACUUGUACACCUUGCAGUGUAAUGCAUCGUAGCCUCUGAUAUGACCUUAACUCGGAACAUUACGCCCUUCAUGAAGAUAGGAUUGUUGCAUUAGUCUGCAUUAAUUUUAAUCAGGUGUACCUGAUCGUCAUUCCUUCAGUCUGUGGAAGAAGUCGCUGUCCUGAAGGCAGCUUCAUGUCACUCUUAGCGCAAGUCUCCUUAGCGAAAUGACAAAUGUGGGGCCAACAGGUAGAUAAACAAAACUACUGCUAUGGUAAUGAGACAAGCUGUGGGGUCAUGGCAGGUGUUUGCUAUGACCAAUUAAAGACAAAUCACCUGUUGUGAUGUCACUGUUUGGGGGUGUGGCCAAAACACUUAAAUGUUUAAACAUUUUUCGCCCUCAUGUGGUUCUCUGUGAAUUUACCUUUUAAGUAGACAUUUAUUUUAAUGUUUUCAGUUUUUUACUCAUGUCAGGCCAGUUACUGCAAAAUCAGAGACAGUGAAUCAAACUGUUUCAUUCGCUUCUAGACCAUGUUUACACGUAAGAAGGUAACACAUAAAAAAUGUGUUUUUAAAGCAACAUUGUGUAGAAAUUCACAUUUUCUGUGAUUUAGCACCCCCAGUUUCAAAGUGUAAUACCACUGUGGUAAAUAUGGACACUACACUUCUGAUCAAAAACUAUCAGGAUGACAACUUUGCGAACAACAAUGCUAUCAACAAGGUCACCAACACAAAACCCAGCAGCAGCUAAUAUCACUGACUAGUCCAACAGCAGUCAGCCCAGCUCGGCGUCUGUCUUUCAGCUUUUUAUUUCACCAAGCUCUCACCAACCACUAAAAGUCAGUCCCACAUUUACUCUCAUCUGGCGGCUUUUUGGUCUCCUUGCUAUUGCCCACUUUUCCAGCUCCUGUUCUGGCACGACACCAGUUUCGCUCUCUGUCAAACCUCCUCUUCCUGGUGGUCCAUAAUGACUGUGAUCGGAGUUCACAGUACGGGCAGCCCAUUACAUUAGCUAACAGCAGCUACAGUUGGCAGCAGUUUACUUCACUGUCCAUGAGAAAACAUUUUCUCCAUAAAAUAUGAUCCAGUUUCACCAAAAUCAGUGAAAUAGUUAGCGGUAUGUGACUUAGUGCUGUAAAGAGUUGCGUGCUUGUUGUGGGGUACAGUACCCAGAGUACAAAGUUACAUUACUUUAUGGUAGAAAAGCUGCACAAUGUUGCUUUAAGACGCAUCAAAAAUAAUAACUACACACAGUUAUGAGAUUAGCACUGGACCAAAUAUAUUAAUUUGUUUUAUGACUGACAAGGAACAGAGACUUUUAGCAUAGUUAGCAAUUAAAUGUACCUUACCAUAUCUACCUUAAGUACCUGGACUCAUUUUCAACCCCUUAAUCUGAUACACAAUCCUAAACGAAUGCCUGUUGUAUGUGUCAACUGUAUUUAUUUUUAAAAUUAAUUUAUUAACUAAUUAUUUCAGUCACCUGUGGAUCAGUGAGGAAACUGUAAGUGCUUCAUUUUCUCACAAUGUAUGCCUUCUUUUUACAUGUCUCCAAAGAGUUCUGCUUGUGUCAUCUUAUUUUACAUGAAUGUAUCAGUAGAGAGGAACAAGGUGAGAUUUUUACCACCGGGUUGUCAUCUAUAAUAUAUAUAUAUAUAAUAUAUAUAUAUAUAUAUUAUAUAUAUAUAUAUAUUAUAUAUAUAUAUAUAUAUAAAUGUGUGAAUGAGAAACAUUUCCAGUCAGAGUGACAACCCCCACACGACGUUUUCCUUCCUACAAAAGCUUUGACGAAAAGGUUGAUCUAAAUGUUGUUGAGACUUGAUGGAAAUAAUUCAAAUGACGGUCCACUUCCACUGCUACACACUCAUGCUGCAUUAUUGCUUACUGAAAUGAGUGAAAUGUUGCCAGACAGAAAAGAUCGAUCUGCAAAAAUACUUCCAGGAAUAAAAAAAAGGAAAGAAAAAAAAAAGGGUGAGUUCUCGACAGUUUCUCUUGAAAUUCAACAUAGAGGGUUUUGUUUUAUCCUUACUCUGCUCGCUGUAUGAUCAUCAGUGCUUUUUGCUGAAACUCUUAAACGUUACCGAGGUGAGGGUGGCAUAAAGUGUGGGAGUGUGUGGUUGUAGUCUCCCAUGUGUUUGGAGCUCCUCCUCAUGGGCUGCCAAAACACUUUCAACCAGAUGUCAGCCGGCUGGUUGAUACGCUAUGCUUUAUGACGCCCAGCUGGAUAUCUCUAAGCUCCUUUACUGUCCCCCCCAACUUACAGUAAUUACAUCGUUUGGUAAAUACACUUAUUUGCUUUCAUGCUGAGAGUUACAUGAGAAGAUUGAGAUUACUGUCCAUCCAUCCAUUAAUUUGUUCCCGCUUAUCCGGGGUUGGGUCGCGGUGGCAGCAGGUUUAGCCGGGCACUCCAGCUCCUCCUGGUGGAUGGAUGGAUAGAUAGUUCAUUGAUCCCAAAGGUAAAUCCUCAGCUUGCUUCCUUCCACAAAGGAAUAGUAGCACUACUCAUUUCGAACGCUUGUAUCCACAUUCUUUCGGUCACUACCCAAAGCUCUUGACCAUAGGUGAGGGAUGGAACGUAGAUGGACUGAAAAACUAGGAGCUUUGCCAUCCGACUCAGCUCAAUCUUCCCAACAACAAUCUGAUACAUUGUCCGCAACAUUGCCAACGCUGCUGGUCCAUCUCACGCUCCAUUUUCCCCAUCACUCAUGAACAAGACCCCAAGAGAGUUGAACUCCUUUGCUUCGGGCAGCAACUCGCCCCCAAUGUGGAGGGAGCAUUUUCGGCAAGACAUCCGAGGACAGUCAUGUUUCCUCGGAUGUCGGAACUCUUGGCAAGAAAGCAAAUAAGUAUACUUCCCAAAAUGUUAAAUUACAAACUUCAACAAAGUCUUAGUCAGGAGUUAAUAUUUAAAUCCACUCCAAAUAAAUGAUUUGCUGCCGCCUUUGUAAAUUCCACAUUCCCUAACUUCAACAUUUAUAUUUCCAUAGUAUACUUUUAGCUUUCUCUUUUCUCUCGAUUUGGCCUAACAUACACCGACAAAAUGCCAAAAAAUCAUGCACAAAAUAAUGUGACGGAGUGAAAAAGUGUUUUAUGGUUCCCAAUCUGCACUUUUUACCCUUCAGCUCUUGGUUGCUUAUUGUUGCUGUCCAAUACAAAAACCAUGGGUAUCCAAAUUUGGUGAAUUUGUUGUAAAGAUCCUUCAUGGGUUGAAAAGGUUCUCCGACUUCUUAGGUUAAAUAAACCUUUUUAACACCCAUUGGAUUGUCUGAAAAUUGCUUGGUAUUUUGGAGACAGCAACUUUAUUUCUAUAAAGUGCAAUGCAUUUUGGUGAAACUUGCUGAAGGUUCAGUUUUCCCACAUGGAGCUGGUUAGUUCACCGUUUAAAACAUUAAAAUGACGUCCAUAAUGUGCAAUAUGGACUAAACACAUCCAUUUUUUACAGUAAAAUAGCAAAAUCGUGUCUAAUCCUGAAGCUCCCGACAACAUUCAGCUGAUUCCAGUAAAACACAAUGUGUGUGAACUAAGCAGCAACCAAUUAAAUACAGAAAAUGUCCGGCUGAUGCUUCUAAGAAGAGGCCAUUAGAGAGGCAUCAUCUUUCCAGUUUCUAAAGGUCUGGAAGUGGCUGUUAAUGUUUUUGCGAGUAAAGCGAAUUAGUUGAGUCUUCAGUAAGUCACAUGACGUUACUGUGUGUGAACGAAGAAGCAGUUUUUUUUUGGGACGACUCUGUCAAGUUGUCUUUUAUUGAUCUGUGGUUUGGCAGAGUUGCAGCCAAAGUCACCUCGGGAACUCGUGAAGUGAAGUGAUCAAGGAGGAAAGACUCCGAUGAUGGAAAGCAGUUUCAUGCUUGACAGCAAAGCAAUCUGCUCUUUGGCUCGUUUCCAGACAAGCCUAUACGUGGUGAUUUACGGGCACUCUGCACCGUUCUCUGCCGGCGUCCCUGGCAGCAUUUGACUUCACUAAAGGCUGCUAGACUCAGUAAAGGAGAUAGCCCUCCAAACUUCACCCGCACACAAGCUGAAAGAAAGAUUUUUGUUGUAUUUCUGUUUGUUACGAAUUUAUGAAUAGUCUGACAUCUUGGGAAAUACGCCUAUCCACUUUCUUGACAUGUUUUUGUGAGAAGUCUUGUCGUAAUUAGUGAGCUUUAGAGGUGUUGGUAGGAUGAUUUUGCAACCAGUGGACAGAAAAAGCCUGAGUUCCCCUGUUUCCAAUCAUUCUGGCUGGUUGUAGCUUCAUAUUUACUGUAGGAUUAUCCCCAGUUUAUGCCUAUUGUGUAUAUUAAUUUUAUAUUUGAGUCACAAAGCCGAGCGGUUGUUUCUCUGAGAAAAUUACGAGGUUUGCAGAGCCUAGAGUGUUGUUCCAACUCUACUCCGAGCUUGUUACUCCCAUCUUUAAGGCUGAGCCUGGCCACCCAGUGGAGAAAGCUAAUUUCGGUCACUUGUAUCCACAAUCUCAUUCUUUUGUUUACUACCCAAAGCUCACAACCAUAGGUGAGGGUUUGACUGGAAAAAUCGAGAACUUUGCCUUCCCUCUAAGUUCGCUCUUCCCCACAACGAUCCGAAACACCAACCCAACCCAACCCAGCACUCCAUUUUCGCAUCAGUUGCGAACAAGACCCCAACAAGGUACUUGAAUUCCCUCGCUUGGGGCAGCAACUCGCUCCCAAAAUUCAGCCGCAAAACAGUAGAAUGCUAAUACAUAAGAGGCAUAAACUGGGGCUAAACCUUACGAUAAAUAUAAAGCUACAGCCAACAGUUAGUUAGUUUAGCAUAAAGACUGACAACAGGGGUAAACAACUAUUCUGGCUCUUUCCAAAGGUAAAAUCCACAAACCAAAAAGUACCUCCAGGAAUUAGCCAUAAAAUCGUCCAGCACGACUCAUAAAACACCUUUCCUUACUCACUGGUUCUCAAACAAACAAGAUACAACAGUAGUCAGUCAUUCUGCUAAUCUAAUCAAACAGUCUGCUGAUUAUAACUUCAUAUUUACCCCACAGAUACGGGAGUAAUGCCAGUUUUCUUCCAUGGAAAAUUGUCCUUGUUCUUAGAGUAAAUGUAUCUGCAGUGGAGGCUGACGUGAAAGGAAAAUUAAUCCCCGUGUUUUGAUGAAACUUCUGGCUGUGGCCAAAAAAAGCUUGUCUGCGUGCCAAACUAAUUUGGAGGCCUAAUUGUUUUCUAAUUAACUGAUGAUAUUGAGACGAGUUAAACUGGGGAUCUUGGGAGUCUCAUAAUGGACAUCACACACACACGAACUGUUUAUGGUCGAAGGAAGCCUCGACAAAACUACGCUAGGAAAAAAAUACCAUCCACUCGUCUGUUGUUUAACCUUUAGCUGGGUUUUCUACUCCGACAGGCGACAUGCCAUGAACCCUGUAUCCAAACGCAUGCGUCAGUUGGAUAUCCCCGCCCUCGAUGUAACCCUUCUUCUCACAGGAGCCGUCGGUACAACAGAAAUCAUGUUUCACUUUGUUGUUUUCAACCCUCUGAGCUGUACAGACGAUAACUGUGUAUCACUGUCCAGAUGGUCGCCCCUUCCUCUGCUCUAAUUAUCUCUCAACAAACUGAAAUGUACUAAAAAAUAAAUAAAAUGUGACUGGAAAAAUAAAUCUAUUCUCAUUGCUGUUUUUUUCAUAGAGUCACAUAAUCAUGCAUGUACUUGCUAUGGAGUGUUUUUAGAUUGUUGUAAUGGUGUUAUACUUGAGGUUGUGAGUCAUGGGUACCUCCAAGUUUUUACAAAAAGUUUUGAACAACCAUUCACAUUUAUUUCAUGACAAACUACAACCGGUCAGCUGAUCUGCUUCAUAUCAUAGUUAAAACACCUCAAAGUGUUUCCUCUACCAGCUGUUUAUUUGAGCUUCUAUACGUAAAGUUUGCAACUGGAAGACGACGAGAUGAAUGAAAGAAAAAACGUCACAUUUAAGGGUGAGCAGGGGAAAGUUAAAGACAAAGCUGCAGCAAGAGGAAGAGGAAGGAUGAACUGGGAGGAAGAUAAGUCAACUUACUUUUAACUGAAUUUAAGGAAAUUAUAAUUUUGUUUGACCCAACUAUGGAGGACCAAGAGUGUCACGGAGAUAACUACAAAGCAUUUUGUUUUCUGAUAAUAAAUGAAUAAUAUAUUGUUACUCAAACGUCAUUAAAGCCAGUUCUAGUGAGUUUUGAGAUGCGAAAAUAUGAAAUUGGACAACAAAAAGAGGAAUUCAAAAAAGCUUUAACCGAUGAACAAAUCUAUCCUGAAGUACAUUUAAAGGGAAACCAAAAAAAAAAA